CUGGACCUGGGCAAGAAGAUGAGCGUGCCACAGGACCUGAUGAUUGAGGAGCUCUCAUUGCGGGACAACCGUGGCUCCCAGCUCUUCCAGCAGCGUCAGAGACGGAUGCAGCGUUUCACCUUUGAGCACCCCAGCGGCCACCGGCAGGGGGGGCUACCAGGUCCAGGGGCGGGUGGCUCACACCGAACCCAGAAAGGUGACCAGGAGGGAACAGCAAACGAGUGGACAGCAGGGGACGAUGGCGAGGGUCAGCAGCAUUAUCACUCCGAGCUCCAUGUGGCAGCAUCGCCCCAGGGCGGCCCUCCUGCAGUGCCCAAGAAGACAGAGAAAGUCUUGCAGAUGAGCAAAAUCCUCAACCCCGAUGCUCUGGCCCCAGGGUACUCAAGCCCCCUCAAAGAAGUUCCCCCAGAGAAGUUCAACGUCACCGCCAUCCCCAAGGGCUACCAGUCCCCGUGGCAUGACCUCCUUGGUGACAAGGACAGUGCUGUGCACCGUGAGAACCAGCCACCUGUGAGACCCUAUCCAUGGGACUUCACAAGCUUCAACAGGAAUCCCACCCCAUUUGACAAAGCCCUGGUCAGUGACCUGUUCUCCAUGCCCACCGCAGAGCUGGAUCACCUGAGCGCUCUGGAGGUGAUUUCCCACAGACCCAACUUCAACCGGGUGGCGCAAGGGUGGGUGCGGAUUCUGCCAGAGAGCGACGAGCUGUAG